AUGGUUGUAUACUUUGUGUCUGACAAUGCUAGCAAAUGUUCGACACUUAGAGUUUUGUUACCUCGUAGAAAUCCAUUUCCACCUGGCCCAAAAGGCUAUCCAAUAAUCGGUAACAUGAAACUAAAGAAUCAGUUGAAUCAUCGUGGUUUGGCAGAGUUAGCCAAACAAUACGGUGGUCUCUUUCACCUUCAGAUGGGUAGAAUUCAUAUUGUUGCUGCUUCAACAGCUGAGAUGGCCCGUGAAAUUCUUCAGGUUCAUGAUGUGGUUUUCGCAAACCGGCCAGCUAACGUGGCGAUUUCAUAUCUCACUUACAACCGGGCAGAUAUGGCGUUUGCGAAUUACGGUCCACUCUGGCGUCAAAUGAGAAAGGUUUGCGUUAUGAAGCUUUUCAGCAGAAAACGGGCCGAAUCAUGGGCCUCGGUUCGCGACGAAAUUAAUACGAUGGUUCAAACUCUAACUAAACAAACCGGUUCACCGGUUAACGUUGGCGAGCUUGUAUUCGCUUUGACGCGGAACAUAACGUACCGAGCCGCGUUUGGCUCCUUCGCUCGCGACGAUCAAGACGAAUUCGUCAAGAUUCUACAAGAGUUCUCAAAACUCUUUGGAGCGUUUGAUAUCACUGAGUUUUUACCGUGGAUGAAAUGGUUUAGUAACCGCGAUUUCACCAAGCGGUUGGAAAACGCUAGAGAAUCGCUGGAUGGGUUCAUUGAUAGAAUCAUCGAUGCACAUAUCGAAAAGAAGAAUUCAAGAAAACAAGACGAUGACGGCUUGGAGGAUGACAUGGUUGACGAAUUAAUGGCGUUUUACAGCGGUGAGAAUGGCGCCAAAUCUACUGAUUCAUUUAAACUCACAAGAGAUAACAUCAAAGCCCUUGUCAUGGAUGUGAUGUUUGGCGGGACGGAAACGGUAGCGUCCGCGAUUGAGUGGGCCAUGACGGAGCUAAUGAACAACCCUAACGAACUCUUGAAGCUACAACAAGAUGUUGGCUGUAGCUAA